AUGAAAGCCGUUAUUUGGACCGAUGUUAUACAAGCACUAGUUAUUCUUGUUGGUCUUUUAGCAGCGAUAAUUCAAGGAUUAAUAAAACUUGGAGGAUUCAAAAAAACAUUUGACAUUGCCUCGAAAGGUGGACGACUUGAAUUUGACAGUAUCAGUUUUGAUCCUCGAGUUCGACACACGGUUUGGAGUUUACUUAUCGGUGGUACAUUUAAUUCAUUGACGACUUAUGGUUUUAAUCAAACUCAAGUUCAACGUUACAUGUGUGUUCGUACAACAAGAGGUGCCAAACAAGCGUUAGCUAUAAAUGCUGUUGGUGCUAUUUUAGUGAUAGCAAUGUCCUGUCUGAUCGGAGUUAUAUUAUACGCUUAUUAUUCAACAUGUGACCCUUUAACUGCUGAAUACAUUGAUGAUACAGAUCAAAUAUUUCCCUAUUUCGUCAUGGAAGUAUUAAGCGAUAAAAAAGGUUUACCAGGCGUAUUUUUAGCUUGUAUAUUUUCGGGUUCUUUGUCAACCAUCUCAUCGGGUUUGAACAGUCUAUCAGCUGUCAUUAUUGAGGAUGUUUGGAAAGGAUUAUUUAAACGGAAAUUAACGGAUGAACGACAGGGUUUUGUAUCCAAAAUAUUCUCUGUUGUACUGGGUGCUGUUGUUAUGGUAUUAACAUUGAUUGUAUCAUAUUUGGGUGGAGUAUUGAGCGCAGCGAUAUCUUUAUUUGGUGUAUUGUCCGGACCAAUAAUGGGUGUCUUCAUCUUGGGAUUCUUCUUUCCGAUGGCUAAUCGACGUGGCGGACUUAUUGGAUUUCUUGUGUGUCUCGCAUUUCAACUGUGGCUCUUUCUGGGUGCUCAAAUUUUUAAAGGACAAAUAGCCCUUGGAAAAUUAAGUCUAUCGAUAGCGACUUGUAAUGAUAGUAUAAAUUAUACUGACACAACAUUUUACAAUCCGUCAAUAACAUCGUCUUUCACAACGGUAUUUAAUUCGACAACUCAACCAUUUACUUCAAAAAAAAAUCCAUUAUUACCGUUUUAUUCAGUUAGUUACAUGUGGUAUUCUCCGAUAGCUGUUAUAAUUACAUGUACUAUUGGUAUCAUUGUUAGUUAUAUAACGGGACCAUUGAAACGAAAUGAAAUUGAUCCUAAAUUAAUCAUACCGAUAUUCGAUAACCUAUGCUGUUGUUUACCAAAAAAUAUUCGGAAAAUAUUACAUUGUGGUGUCGACUACACUGAAUACGACGCUAAAGUAAGAAUGGAUCUGUUUAUUUUUUUUUGGUCACAUAAAUGUCAGUUACAGCAAAAAGGAACACUUUGAUUGAUCCAAAGAUUCGUGAAGUGUUUUCAAAAGCAUUGUAAUGUUAAAUGAGCUAAAGUAAAAAGUGAGCGUCAACUGAAAAGUUUAAAGAUAAAGAAUAAUGAAUGAUCAUUUAGGAAUAAAUCCUUGUUUUUACUCAUAUAAUUUAUUGUUAUUUCGCGAUGUUUCGGAGUACCACAGUACUCCUUAUUCAGGCGAGAGGAUGAUAUGACAGGAGAGAAAAAAUAUACGCAUACUAAAAAUUAAUUAUCAUGUAGAGCGCGGCUGAUAAUUAAAAGAGAAAAAAUGAAAGAAAUCGAAAUAUUCUUUAAAAUCCUUCGUUCAUAAUGUUUUUAUACUCUCUUCGAGUCCCGUUACAUAGUCUUGUU